AUGGGUUAUAGCUUACUAAAUCAUGAAUUUGGUUGCCAUAACAUUUUUGACGACAGAACUAAGCGACUAAAAAUGAAAACAAGCUCUUAUCUAAUAUCUAAAAUCUUCUGUACGCAAUGGAGCUGCUCUCCUUCACUCCCGCCCCCCGACUCCACCUCCAUCUCCGCCCCUUCUCCCUUCCCCGCUCCCUCCUCCUCCUCCCCCAGUUUCCAGCGUCUUCUCUCCCUCCCUUUCACCGUCUCCGCCAGCAGCUCCGUCGCCGUCGGCGCGGAGACCGAGGAGGAUGAGUUUCCAGCCGAGGUUAGAGUCACCGAGGCGACACAGCCCCGCUCAAGCGUCAGAUUAACUGUGGAGGUUCCACCGGCCGUGUGCCAAGAAUGCCACAAGAAGGUUUUAGUUGAGUAUUCCAAGCAAGUGAAGGUCCCUGGAUUUCGCCCUGGGAAGAGAAUCCCAGAAAAUAUACUUAUAAACUAUGUUGGCAAGCAAAAUGUUCAGGGAGCAACAAUAGAAGCAAUAUUGAAGAAAACCCUUCCUCAUGCAGUGUCUUCGGUAGAAGGAAGAGCCUUAAAGGAUUCCCAUCCGACAUCAAUAACCAAGUUCUCAGAUAUGAGUGACACCUUUUCCCUACAAGAUAUUCUAAGAUAUGAUGUGAUGGUGGAUGUGGCUCCGGAAGUCAAAUGGCUAUCAGAAAGUAAAUACAAGAAUUUGAAGGUUGUUGUUGAGCUAGACGAUAGUAUUAAUGCCCAAAAUGCAGCUGAGAAAGAGUUUACACGGCGUUGUAAGUCUCUAGGAGCACUGAAAAUUGUAACCGAUAGAGGCCUGCAGAUUGGUGAUCUUGUGGUUCUUGAUAUAUUUGCAACAACAGUUGAGGAAGAUGAAUCAAAAGCCCAAAAAAUUCCAUCUGCUGAGAGGAAAGGAUUUCACUUGGACACAGAAGAAAGUGACAACCUCCUUCCUGGAUUUCUUGAUGCCAUUUCUGGAAUUAGGCCAGAUGAGACAAGGUCAUUUCCUCUUCAGUUUCCUGAAUCAUGGGAACAAGAAAAUCUUCGAGGUGUUAAUUCUCAGUUUACUGUUGUGUGCAAAGAACUCUUUUAUAGAGAACUACCCAAAUUGGAGGACUCUCUUGACUCUCUUGCUGAAAAGCUCCUUCCUGGAUGCAGCACCCUAAAUCAGGUUCAAGAAGCAAUAUUCGAGAGAUGCAAAGAAGCUGAACAAACUGCAAUAGAACAAGCUACUGAUAAUGCUAUUCUCGAUCAACUAUGCAAGCUGGUUGAAGUUGAUAUUCCUGAAUCCUUGUUUGAAGAACAAGGCAGACAACUAUAUGGGGCCAAUCUCCUGCAAAUACAUGCAAGCAACAAACUUAGUGAGCAGCAGUUAGCAUCUCUAUCAAGCGAAAAAGCAGUAAAGACAUACCUCGAAAGCCAAAGGGAUACCAUAACAAAUAUAGUAAAACAGAUGUUGGUGGUGGCUGAGAUUUUCAAGGGCGAGAAUCUGGAGUAUCCGACAGAAGAAUUGGUUAAAGAGGUUCAAAAGUCUGUGGCAGAGUUCAAACGCCAUAAUCAAGAGUAUGAUGAGGAACGCAUCAAAGACCAGGUGCAAGAUGUCCUAGAGGGAGCAAAGGUGCUUGAAUGGCUGAGAGAGAACUCUGAGAUCGAAUUUGUGAAAAAGUGAGGGUUAUGUAGUCCAGGCAUGGGCGAUAUUUCUGACUAGAACUGCAUCCAUGGGUUCGAUUUCGGAGUUGGUUUAGUCAAUUCAUUUCAAAUCAAAUGCACAGAAAAUGGAGGGACUUCAAGCCACCAUUCCAAACUUUCUAUGCUCUGUCGUCAGUGAAAUGAGCUUUGUAUGCAAUAACCAAAUCUGUACUUUUCUUAUUGAGUAAUAAAUUUGAGAUCUUUGACUGAGCAGAGAUCCGCAUUCAUGUCCAAGUCUCUUUUACGCUUAGGUAGGCUUCCCCAUUUCACCUAAGGAAGGUUAUUCAUUGUUGUAUUUUGGAGGUAAAAGGGAUGAUUUUGGACACGUUGCUUUUUGAUGUUAUUUAUUAGCACAUUGAGUUGGAACUUUUACUUUUGGUAUUAUUGAUUUGUU